AUGUGGGAGGAGAACUUUGACAAGGAGCAGGAGGUGGGCAGCGAGCUGGACUACUCCCCGGUCUCCUGGUCUGAGUACUUUGAGCAGAUGGAGGACGUGGUGGUUGGACCGGCUGACAGCAGAGACGUGUUCCGGGUUUACCGCUCGGGCUCCCAGGGGCCUCUGCUGGUGCUGCUACACGGAGGGGGCCACUCUGCACUGUCCUGGGCCGUCUUCACCGCCGCCGUCCUCCGCCGGGUGACGUGCCGGGUGCUGGCCAUGGACCUGCGCGGCCACGGAGCCACUGAUGUGCGUCAGGCCGGAGACUUCUCCACCAGCACCAUGUCCAGUGAUGUGGCCAGUGUGGUGCGUGCAUGUUAUGGAGAAGCUCCGCCCCCUGUGGUUCUGAUUGGUCAUGGCGUGGGCGGAGCCAUUGCCGUGCACACCGCCAGCAACGUGAACGUGCCCAACACCGUGGGACUGGUGGCGAUUGACGUGGUGGAAGGUACAGGAUCGGCUGCUCGGCUGCAGACUCUCCUUGGGUAA